AUGGUGAGCGCUCAGGGUGAGAGGGUCGCCGAGCUUGAGGAGGUGAUUGAGGGCGAGGUUGCCACAUCUGCUGUGGUUAAUGAGGAGCUCCGUAGCACUAGAGCUCAGCUUACUAGGCUGAGAGAGGAGGUCCGUAGUCGGGCUUCCGAUAUUGUAGCUGAUGCCACUAGGCUAGUCGAUGAGGCUAUGGGGGCUGAGGUGGACGAGCUACGACAGAUGGUGAGCGCUCAGGGUGAGAGGGUCGCCGAGCUUGAGGAGGUGAUUGAGGGCGAGGUUGCCACAUCUGCUGUGGUUAAUGAGGAGCUCCGUAGCACUAGAGCUCAGCUUACUAGGCUGAGAGAGGAGGUCCGUAGUCGGGCUUCCGAUAUUGUAGCUGAUGCCACUAGGCUAGUCGAUGAGGCUAUGGGGGCUGAGGUGGACGAGCUACGACAGAUGGUGAGCGCUCAGGGUGAGAGGGUCGCCGAGCUUGAGGAGGUGAUUGAGGGCGAGGUUGCCACAUCUGCUGUGGUUAAUGAGGAGCUCCGUAGCACUAGAGCUCAGCUUACUAGGCUGAGAGAGGAGGUCCGUAGUCGGGCUUCCGAUAUUGUAGCUGAUGCCACUAGGCUAGUCGAUGAGGCUAUGGGGGGCAAAACGAAAGACAUAGAGCAAACUAACCAAACCGCCGACUACACGUUGAUGUUCAAUGCUAUGAAAUCCGAACUAAAGUGGAUUAGUGAGCAACAAAUGGAGGAAAUGCACAACCGAUUUGAUGAACUCUCCAAGAGCUUCACGAGGGGCUCUCGAUCCAGAUCUCACAACCGAAACCACCAUGGUACAAAAGGGGCAAAUUAUGAGGAUUAUUCGGCAAGUGACGAUGAAGAGAGAGCCGAGAGGCCUAAAAGGGACACUACCAAAGAUGCACUUAAGGGACUUAAAAUCAAAAUUCCCACCUUCCAAGGUCCACUUCAAAGCCCGCUCAAGAGACUCCUAAGCUCAGGAGUAGGGACAUUAAGUGGUUCAAAUGCCAAGGAUUCGGACAUAUCCAAUCUCAAUGUCCGAAUCAAAGGGUCAUGCUCAUUACUCACAAUAGAGAAGUCGUAUCUGAUGAUAACGAUUGUGAAGAGAUGCCCGGAUUCACCACGGAGGAAGGCGAAUGAGACUCAACCGAGGAAGAAUGUUCGCCAAUCCAGGGUGAAAUUGGUUGCUUGGUCGGGAGAAGAGUGCUAA